CCAUUGCAUUUCAAAGCGGUGUUGCUGCGUAGAGCUGUUCCGUCGGAGGCUGUGGUCGCUGCAGUCGGGAGAGAGGGAGGAGCCGCUUCGAUCCAGACCCCGCACUGAAUUCCAAGCCAUUCAUAUAUACAUACUUCCACACUUGCGAGUGGUCGCAACGCAACGGUGCCAAUAGUUCUGUAGGAGCUUUGUGGCGACUCGUUGCUUGCUGGGGGACGGGUCUUCGUCCUAGCUUGUGGGUGGUGGGUUGCAUUGUCGCGGGAUCUCAGUGAAUCGGGAGCUUUUUUAAAGAUUUAUUUUUUGUUUUUGUUUUUGUUUUUUUUUUUGCGAUCGAUUGCAGCUGUUUAGACAGUAUUCGAAUCCCCCGUUUUUGGCACCAUCAGUGGAGGAGCUUAGCCUUGAAUCCGGGUAGUCGUAGCGUUGCUUUGACGAGGAAGCUAUUAGUAGUGUCGGAGCCCGGAUUGUUACCGUCGGUGGUGUUGCCUCGCGGACCCAAGGGUCAUCGUUGGCUUGGUUCUCUGGCCGGUGUGUGUGCAGGUGGGGUGUGACGGAAGUUGUGUGAGAGGUCGAGUUUGGAUGUUGAUACUGUGGGUUUAGCGUUUGAGGUUUUCGUAUUUUUGUUUGCUCCGUGACGCGGGAGGUCUAUAUCAGGGCUUGCAGCCAACAAGCAACUGGAGGUGAUCCAUUUUUUUACCAGAAGAGAACAAAAUUUUAGAAACACUAUCCCGUGUUAGUGAACUGAACUGUUCCAAAAUUUGAGAGAGGUCUUCAGUUGCGGAAGUGUUUGCGAAAGAAAAUGGUGAAAAACAUGUUACAGAAGCUUGGACCUCCUCGGCCGGUUGGUGAUCUCUCCUUGGGGGAGAGGAAAACGAAAGCUCAAGGAGAAUUCUCAGAGAGUCGCAAUGGUUUCAUGACAUCUAUCAAACCGGUGGUCAAUUAUUCAAAUAGUUCUGGACUAGGAUCGAGCAGUUCAGUGGAUUUUGAUUCGUCUUCAUCAGAUCAAGUUGAUUUAUGUUUCAAGCUGGGGGGUCUAGGUAGUGUAGACUUAGACCAUGCAGGCCGAAGUUCAACAUCAGGGUCAUCAGUGCGCAUCGUAGGAAGUCCAAUGGAUGCUCUACGGUUGAACAUGGUUUCACCGCUUCGGAACCUCAUUAGCCUUCUGAAGCCGCCACCUCCGCCAGAAUCUAGUCUGCACGGUGGUUCAUCGGGAACUCAAAGCUCACGAAGUUCAAGUGUAAGUGCCUCCGAGGUGGAGAAUCUCUGUAUGGGAUCUUUGAAACAUCUUACUCUCGGUUCAGUGGCAGAGAAAGUUCCACUAAGUAUUGGUGCGGAAAUUAGCAGCAGAAGCGUCACAAACAAUUUGCACGAAACUCGACAGGAAGGCCAGAGCUUGGUAGUGGUUGCGUUCGACGGAAACGUGAGAGAUAUUUCCCAUGCUGGUAUCGUCUGGGCUAUGGAUAACAUCCUCAACCGAGGCGAUAUUCUCGCCAUUGUGUCCGUUUUGGGGACUGUAAAGGGACCAUUAGGUUACAGAGUCAAGAUAGGCGACGAGAAAUGGUUGAAGGCAAAUCAUAAACUCGUGGAGGACGAAAUUAGCCAUAAGAUGAAGAUCUGGAAAGGUUUCCCAGGGUUGGAGUACAGAUGCGAAGAAGGAGGAGUCAAGCUCGCAGUGAUUGUGAAAGCAGCAAGCCGGCCAGAGGUUGCGAUUUGCAACGAAGUCGCAAAGUUAGGUGCGAAUCACGUGGUGCUUGACAAAAGCUUGAAGAACCGGCGCCGUGACUUCUACAUGCAAAACUUGAACUGUAAUGUGACAAGGAUGCGGCGGAGUGGGGGUGUAGAUGUGAUUCGACCUAGUUUGGACAUGGCUAUGGCACUUAACCUGGUCCGCAAAGUGGAAUCAUCAGGAGCAAAUCCACAUCCUCCGAGCUCAGUGACGCCAGCGGUUCACGCUCCAGCAUUGAGCUAUGGCGAUCAGAUUGACGAGUUUGAGAUCUCCUUGGGUGGUCGGAAAGUUAUUAAAGCAAUUCCGACCCAGAAGCCCUGUCCCCCUGCCGCGCUCUCUGUGGCAUCAUCAACAUCCUCACAUAGGCGUUCAAGCUCCGCGAGCGGUCCGUCUGUGCGACCCUCCACCACCUCGAUUUCCAACGACACCGAGCGUCAAGACGUAGACGACGACCUCUUCAGCAUCUUCCACGGAUCCACUCGCGAACCCGACACAGAUUUGUUCAGCUUUCGUGGAGCUGCAAGCCAGACUGAAGUCGACAUAGAUUUAUUCAGCAAUACCCAGCCAGGCUCAUCCGGUUAUGAGAGCGACGACCUAUUCAGCAUUGGAAACGCGUUGGCCAGACGCGCACCUUCAGCUCCAGGUGCCGUGGAUGCCAGACAACAAUCUGCCCGACGCUCCGUUCCAGAUAGCAUCAUCAAAAAUUCUCGACUGACCGCGGAAUCAACAUCUUCGAUAAGUGAAAUCGCAAAUGUUUCCGAGCCUUUGCAGCAAGCCACCAUUUCUAAAGUAACGUUUGUGCAAGGGUUAGGGGAAGCUGUGGAAAUAAACGUCCGCAAUGCACUUCGUCCGGGGGAAGGACUGUUGGUAGGUUCCUCACCAUCAGCUCUGUUCCUAAUGCACAAUGAGCAGCAAAGAAGUUCCAUAGCCACCGGUACGCCUGGUUCCUACAUAGCCAUGGAGGGCAGAAUGGCGAUGAAACUUGCCUUCCUGGAGUCGGAUCAACGCGUCCUUGCUGUCGAUACUCUCGGCCGCUGCAGAACGAUUCCUGUGGAGAAGGCACUCACGCAUCUGAAACCGCUGGUUCUAAUCGAAGCGGAAGCCGAAGAGGGAAGACGAGUCAGCGUGAUACUUCACCAGUCGGAUUCCGUGUGUUUGUCAAAAUCAGAAUCUGGAGAGCUGGUAUCUGUGAAGAGCCUGAAGAUCGGCGACAAUGUUCUGUUGCGAUUAAGAUCUGCGGAGCCAUCUCACGCCAUAUGGUCCUGAGAGCUAUAACGCAACCACUUCUCAUUACAUCUUCGCUGGAUCUUCACAUGGAAUUUGAUUCGUAGGAACCGUUUACCUGCGUCAUCACCCGAUCGGAGUUCCGCCCAGGAUUGCAGAAUUGCGCACCCGAGGUUGUAUUUAUAUGAAACAGAAACAUUUCACACCUCUACAAUGCCACUGUAAAUUUGCUGAAGAAACUACCAAGAAUUAGACCAACGAAUCCAUUUCACGCAUUUUUGGGCAUCCGACCGUGAGGAGCCUCUUGGUAGACUGAUUGCAGACUUCUAUUGAUGUACAAUUUAUGAAACAAAAAAAAAGCCCUUUGCUUUCUGAAGCAUUGCCUCGGAUUUAACGACACUGCAAGGGCACGAAGUUUGCUCAAGUUGGGUCCUCAGUGAAGCGUGUGAAUCUGAGGUUUUUGUCUAUAACUUUGCAUCUGGUGCGUCGUUCACAUGUUGGCAUGGGCUGUGUCGGUGAUGCUUGUCGGUGUCGGAAUCCUGCCCUCCACAUCCAUCCAUCCAUCUAUCUACCUAUCUAUGUAUCUAGAGCUGUAGGAUUCCAACGAUGGGAAGACGAUUCCAUGCUUCGGCUGUCUUCUUAGGUUCGAUUUGUAUACUUUUGUCUCACAUCAGCGUAUUCUGAUCACAAAGUCUGUUACAUGUGAAACUCAUAAAGAUAUUGAUUUUACUAUUUCUAAUCUGGUCUUAAA